AUCGAAAGCGCCAGGGCAACGGUUUCGCACAAUAGAUGCUCACAAGGAGGCUUGCUUCGCAUUCGAGACAGCUCCGGAGGCCACUGGCAAGCUGCACUAUCAACAGAGCUGCCUUGCGGAGUAGGAUACCCCUUGCCUCUUUCGCAACACAAGCCAGUUCUAGCAAGAUGACCGAUCUCGUCAGCGUACUCGAGCAAGCAGCUACGCCUGCUCUGACACCUUCUGUCGACUUGCCUGCUCAUCUUCGACCAUCUUACAGUCAUCUGAAUCCGGAUACGCUGCCGCCGGGUUACGUACAGCGAAACAAGUGGGCCGUCUUUGGGGGCGAGAUCGAGAAAUCGCCCAAUGACGAUAGAGAUUAUCGCUUGAUCAGGCUAGCCAAUGGCCUCGAAGUCAUGCUCAUCUCAGAUCCUCAGACGGACAAAGCAGCUGCAUCCAUAUCUGUCCGCGUUGGACAUCUCUCUGAUCCUGCCGAUCUCCCUGGCUUGGCUCACUUCUGCGAACACUUGCUCUUCAUGGGCACCGAGAAGUAUCCCAAAGAGAACGAGUACGCCGCCUAUCUGGCUGCCAAUGCUGGACGAUCGAAUGCGUCCACUGGUCUAGAAGAGACAGUCUACCAUUUCGAUGUGCACCCUGAAGCGUUGACUGGAGCGCUAGAUAGAUUUGCUCAAUUCUUCAUUGCGCCUCUAUUCGAUGCUUCCUGUACCGAGAGGGAGAUUCAAGCCGUCGACUCGGAGAACAAGAAGAACUUGCAAUCUGACAUGUGGCGACUGUUCCAGCUGGAGAAAUCGCUCAGCUCUCGAGAGCAUUGGUAUUGGCGUUUCGGUACGGGCAAUCUAGACACGCUGUGGACACAGCCAAGGAAGCGGGGAAUAGACAUCAGGGACGAGCUGCUCAAGUUCCACAAGAGACAUUACUCUGCGAACCUAAUGAAGCUCUGCAUUAUUGGCAGGGGCUCCUUGGACGAAUUAUCUGAGAUGACGCACGAAUGCUUCUCCCAAGCAAAGAACACAAGCCUUGCGCCACCCACCUUCUUCGGCUCGCCUUUGACCAGCAAGGAGCUCCAGACGCUUGUGGCCGCAAAAACAGUCAAAGAUACUCGCUCUCUCGAUUUGACUUUCCCGUUUCCCGAUCAGACGACGCUUUACGCGACCAAGCCAGCCCAGCUCUUGGGUCAUUACGUGGGACAUGAGGGCAAGGGCUCGAUCUUGUCGCACCUCAAAGCGAAAGGCUGGGCUGACUCACUCUCUGCUGGUCAAGGCCAAGGCGCAACUGGCUUCGAGCUUUUCAAGGUCUCUCUUGCACUCACUGAGCAGGGCCUUGCCCAUCACCAAGAAGUCGCCUUGGCUAUCUUCAAGUAUCUCAAUCUGCUCAAGGCAACUCCACCGCAAGAAUGGGCAUGGAAGGAAGUACAGCAGCUUUCGGAGAUCGCGUUCAGAUUCAUGGAGAAGCCGCCUCCGCAGCGAGAAGUCACGACAAUCUGCGGACAGAUGCAGCAACCGGUUCCUCGCGAAUGGGUGCUAUCCUCGCCUUGGCUGCCAAAGGUGUUUGACCCGAAACUUAUCGCCGAGUCUAUGGCUUCGCUGGCAGUCGAAAAUUGUCGUGUCUCGAUUGCCUGUCAUGAUCCAUUGCCCGGUCUCGAUUGGGACAGCAAGGAGCAGUGGUACGGCACAGAAUAUAAGAUCACACCGCUUUCGCAAUCUCUUAUUUCACAAUCGCAACGAUCUGUGAAUGAAGAACCAGGCGAUGACCUUGCUCUACCAGAGCCCAACUCUUUCAUACCGGCAAAUCUAGACAUCUUCGAGCAACAGAAAGGCAAGGCGAUCGUGAGACGGCCAACCCUUAUUCAUCAAUCACCAAUCUCGCAGGUCUGGCACAAAAAGGACGACAGAUGGUGGGUACCGCGUGCGACAGUCCUCUUCGUCCUCAAGACGCCGGCAAUGCUGACUGGGAACGAAGCUGUGCUGAAGACCAACCUCUAUGUUCGCCUGAUCACCGAUAGUCUGACGGAGUAUUCUUACGAUGCUGAUCUCGCUGGUCUAUCGUACGACCUCAGCAGGGCCGACAACGGCUUGAUGAUCACUAUCGGCGGCUACAAUGACAAAUUGCCGGUGCUUCUCAAAGUUCUCCUCGAACGUAUGAAGACCCUUGAAAUUGACCAGCAGCGCUUUGAUUUGAUCAAAGAUCAGCUCAGACGCAAUUACGUCAACGCCCGAUUGAGGCAGCCAUGGGAGCAUGCGCAAGUGCACAUGCGUCACGUCACGACCGAAACGAACCAUCUGGCAGAAGAUCUACUGCGCGUUCUGCCGAACAUCACACGUGACGACGUGCAAUCAUUCAUUCCGGUCUUAUACGAGUCUUUUGCUCUCGAGGGCCUUGUCCAUGGCAAUGUUCUCAAAUCUACUGCCUUGGAUAUGACGCGCAUGGUCGAAAACAUGCUCGCGCCAAAAGCGCUUGCGCCCGCCGAUAUACCCAAGAUGCGCUGCCUGCUCUUGCCUAAAGCAACACAGCAUCUGUUGAGACUCCAAGCACCCGAUCCUGCGCAGCUCAAUUCUGCGAUUGAAUACCACUGUUACUUCGGCGACGAUGCCGAUCAACGCUUGAGGGUCAAUCUACGGUUGCUGGGUCAGCUCGUCAGCGAGCCAUGCUUCAAUCAGCUGCGAACACAGGAGCAGCUGGGCUAUAUAGUCUUUUCGAUGCCACGCGCUUCGAUCGGCAUGUGCGGCCUCAGCUUCUUAGUUCAGAGCGAGCGCUCCGCGCCGUACGUUGAAGGCAGGAUCGAACACUUCCUGGACACCUUCAAGCAGCACCUGGAGAGCAUGUCGGAGGGCGACUUCGAGAAACAGCGAACAAGUCUACAAAACAAGUACCUGGAGGAUCACAAGAACCUCAACUCUGAGACCAGCGAAUACUGGGCACACAUACACUCUGGUUACUACGACUUCAGCCGCAAGGCACGAGAUGCAGAGCUACUGGCGACCCUGACGAAGCGGGAAGCGCUCGAGUUCUUCAUGACUCAUGUGCAUCCUUCAUCGUCGACACGAGCACAGCUGUCCAUUCAUAUCAACUCGCAAAGACUACAAGCGGAUUCCGUAGAACCUAUUCUCACUCUGCUUUCGGACGCCGAAGUCAGCAGCGAAUUCGCUCAAAGCCGACCGACUCUUGCAGAAUUGGAAAGCAAGGUCGCAGCGUUGAUCGGGGACACUAAGCUUCCGGGAGACGUCCGCAGCAAGUUGGACGCAGCACUCAACGAGCUCAAGCAGGAGCCUGUACGAGAGGGUAUCAUACUGAUCGAAGACGAGGAGGCUUUCCGCGCAAAGAUAGAGAGAGGUCCGCUCGCGACACCUGUAGAGGAGCCAAAACUGCAAAGUCAUCUGUAAAUUGUCUCGUUAGCAUUGCAUGAUACCACCCUGCAGCAUGUUGUUCUGCACAUUCGGCGCAGACAUACCAAGAUGUCUCU